CGAUUAAUGCGAGACGGCUGUGAUCUCGAGCCAGUCAUUGGGGAUACUGAAUCUGAGAAGUUAAUUCAAGAGCAAGAAUAAACAAUAUUCACGAUGACAGCGUCCCGCAAGUCGCUGUUCAUAUUCCUGAUGGGUCUGGCGUGGCGGUGCCGGUACACCAUGCCGCUGCUGCUGAGCGGCACGGUGGCGCUGCUCGGCCAGGCCUGGAUGUUCCAGAUCAGGGUGCAGACGGUGCACAGGCUGCACGAGAACGAUCUGGGCUUCUACGAUGACGAGGGUUCGGUGGAGGAGUCGUCGUGGGAGACGGAAUCCACAGACAGCUGGGAGACCAUCGUGGAAGAAGUCGCUUACGACUUAAACGGCUGAUAAGAAGUUGAAAAUCACGCGAAAACGGAGGAAAAUGAGGAAAAUUCCAAAUAUUAGCACCACUGGGAUGAUGUAAGGUGCUGGAAACAUAAUAAUUUAAAUUAGCCAUUUUUGUAAUGGCGCCGCAGGGGCGUAGCUACUGUUACCUUUCAUGCGAAUUGCGCAAGUUACCCUUCCUGAGGGCCCUCGAACAAACUUUUAUACGGGGCCCUCCCAAAGCACGCUACGCUUCUUAUCGAUAGAGUUGUUGCUUGACCAUACGAUGAAAAACGCUUAACAGCACCGUCAAAUCGGCGUACGCACACAAUACGUGUUUGUUUAUCAGUAUGUUAUAAAGGAAGUGAUAAUUUCUUUUUUUAUAUAUUCUGUUGCGGACUUGUAAAAAGGCAAAAGUAGUAAUCGAGUCAAAAUCGAGUAAAAAAGUGGCCGAGCAGAAAUUUUAUUGUUGGAGUAUUAGGAUUUAUAAGCAAAUGGCUGACCAACGUAAUUUGGUCGGGUCAAGCUUAGCUAUCAUAUGCUAUCAUUUGCUAUAGCCGACAGGCAGCUCUGUUUCAAUAUUUCUGUUAUUUGUUUUAUUGAGUUUAUUGUAUUUAUGGGCCCAAAGUACUUAAGAAUGGUCUUAACAGUGGUUCAGUAGAUGGCGCUUUAAAAAGACAUCAAAUAUUGUUUAAAAUUUAUUAAUCAACGACGCGACGGUAUCUGCAGAAGAAAUUAUAUGGCCUUAAGUAUGUUCCUAAGCUUAUAACAGUAUAAAAGUAAACUAAAAAGACACCACGCUAAUUAUGGUACUUAAUCCAUCCAAAUAUUAUCUAAUUAAAUUCUUUCUUUCAUGUCAUAUUUUAUUUUGCUGUAAAAUGUCUUAUUGGUACGUUGGGAGAGUCAUUUGACGGAUAAAUGCAAAAAGAC